AUGGCGCCCCCGGACGGGACGCCUGGCGCUUAUUCCGUCCCCUCGGUGCCCGUCAUUUUCAAUGGCACAAAUUGGGGCGAUUUUGUUUUCCAUAUGGAGGUCCACAUGGAUGGGCAGCUUCUGUGGGGCUACCUCACGGGUGAGCGGAUCUGUCCUCCCCGUCCUCUUCUUCCCACGCCGCCCACAUACCCGCCAGAUGCUGAUGAUGAUGCCAAGAAUGCUUUACUUGAGGCAUUUGAGACCUGA